GAGAGAGAGAGAGAGAUUGUGUGUGUGUGUCUGUCUCUGUCUAGGUACUGGAAUCCAAAACUAAUACUUGAAAAAAGCAGUUUCUUGGCGGCAUACGUUACCAUCCUCAGGGGCUCGGCUGCCAAGUUUCAGAUAUCUCCUCUGUUCAAAAGACCAGCACUGUCAUUUUAGCAUACGCAACAUACCCUAGAUUUCCUUACAGUGGUUAUAAAUGUACACAAAAUGUGACAGUCACUGCCAGUGAUAUAACCAUUGAAAUAUUGCCAUAGAGUUAAGCAGCAUGAAUACAGGCUGUCUGGCCCAACUCAUCCAUACCAAUCAAAGUGUCUAUCUGAAUUAGUUCUGUUUAGUUGUUUUCAGCCCAUAUCCCUCUAAACCAGGGGUUCCCAACCUUAUUUGUGUCAUGGAUCAAUACCAUUCACCGAGGGGUCUGGGAGCCCCUGCUCGACAUCUUUUAAACAUUGUAAUUGUACCAACAUCUUCUCCUUCCUCUGGCAGCUAAUUCUGUACCCAGCACUUUCUGACUGAAGCAUUUUCCUCUCAAGUCCCCUCCAAGUAUUUUCCCUCUCAGCUUAAAUCUAUGCCCUUUGGCCUUAGAGGCCCUUACACUGAGGUAAACACGGUGAACAUUAACCCCGUCUUUGCCCCUCAUGAGUUUAUAUAUCUCUGUACGUGGAAUUCAGAUCCAAUAGAGAAUUGACUCUAAGCUCUAAAGGGGGCUGGCAGAGAUGCAGGUUGUAACCUUGUCCACUGUUCUCGGGUUUCACCUAAAAAUAUCUGCAGCCAAGGACAGCUCUUCACAGCUGAGAUAUUAAUAGUCUAACCCCGGAGACUGUGAGCGCAGUUAGGCCUUGUAAAGAAACAACGAAUAACUGGAAGUUACUGAGGCUUGUGUUUGGUUCUGUUGCUGGUGGAAGCGUGUUCGUGCGGAUAAGGCUCCUAACUGCUACUCUAAAUGUCGCUGCUAACUCCCUGAUUGUUGGUCGGAGACCUGAGCUGCUCAGCUCGACCGCACCAUGCUGCCGGCAGCGGGUUCCGUGCGAGUGAGAGUGGAGGCCGAGAUCUUCACCGUGGAGAAGCGCACACUGAUCAAGGGCAGCGAAUACUUCAGGGCUCUCUUUGAGUCUGGCAUGCGGGAGUGCUCGAUGGAGGAGAUCCACCUGCAGCAGCUGCCGGCCAGAGGGUUCGCUUUAACGGUGAGAGUUCUGCAAGGGGACCACCCCAUUCUGAACAGCGAGGAGAUCACUGAUGCCAUUGAGUGUGCAGGCUUCCUGCAAGUGAAGCCUCUGACUGAACAUCUUAUCAACAUCAUCAACUCCAAGAACUGCUUGGUGAUGCUCCAGACAGCAGCAGUGUAUGGGCUCUUUGAACUCUUCCAUGCAUCUGCUCUGUUUAUUAGAGAUAUUUAUUCUAACAUAAGGGAGGACUUGAGCUUUCUACCUGAGGAUCAGUUGGACUACAUUGAAUCCCUGUCUCCCAGUACACUCGUGGCUGUGGCCACUCAUUCGCCCUCUUCUCAAUAUCUUGAUGAUCAUUCCAGAAUGAUCUGCUACUUGGACGAAGCAGAGAAUACUUGGAGAACUUUGACCUCAUUACCCGACAAAGCUAGCACAUCUCUCGCAGGUAUUGCUGUGGUGGACAAUAAUAUCUACAUAGUUGGAGGUGUUGAUGGACUGAGCAAGCAGGUCGUAAAGCUUAACUUUUGCUACAAUACUGAAAGGAACAGCUGGAGUGAAUUUCCCAGUAUGCAACACCUACGUCACAGCCUAACAUUGACAGGGCAAGAUGGCUGCCUCUUUGCCAUUGGAGGAAUCUACAAGAAUACAGUGCUCACAGCUGUGGAGAAGUACCAUGUGGCAUCCAAGACAUGGUCCUUCGCUGCACAUCUUCCCAGACCUGGAGAGGGGAUAGCCUGCACACGAGCAAUGAGCCGGAUUUUUGUGUGCCUUUGGCUUCCAAUGGACACCACCGACAUCUAUGAAUACAAGACCCAUAGGGAUGAAUGGUUUCUUGUAACCACACUCAAACGCCAGCAAAGUUACGGUCACUGCAUGGUGGCCCAUUUGGACAAUCUGUACGUCAUGAGAAACGGACCAGCAGAUGAUUUCUUGAGGUGUUUCAUCGACUGCUUCAACCUCACCAGGCAACAAUGGAUGAGCAUGUGUGGCUAUUAUGUCAACAGUAAAGGAGCACUUUUCACGGCAACCAUCAGAGGUGAUAACGUUUUUACAGUAAACAGAAUGCUGACCCUAGUCUAUGACAUACAAAAGGACAAGUGGAAACCAGCAAGGGAGGGAGCUGGAUUUCCCCAAAGUGGCUCCAUGCACGCCUUCUUACUUCGGCUGCCAAAGAGGGGGCUUACUGCCCUGCACCAGAACUGACCAAGCUUGCAAUGUUUCUGGGUUUGAUUCUAUACACAAUAAGGUAGGCAAGGGAAAAAUACAUCUUGAAUAGCUAACUCAGUCAUUAAUAGAAAAUACCUUCGCUCUCCACAGGUCCAUCGGGCAGGAGAUACAGGAGCUUUAGGUCACAUGCCACCAGGUUUCAGAACAGUUAUUAGCUUACAACCAUCAGGCUCCCGAACUAGUGUGGAUAACUUCACUCGUCUCAACUCUGAACUGAUUCCACAACCUACAGACCCAGUUUCAAUGACUCUUUACAAAGCAAGUUUCAGUAUUUGUAAUUUGCACAAUUUGUCUUCUUUUGCACAUUGGUUAUUUUUCAGUCUUUGUUUAUGUGUAGUUUUUUAUAAAUUCUAUUGUAUUUCUUUAUUUUCCAAGCAAAUUAAUCUCAGGGUAGUAUAUGGUAGCAAAUUUAUGAUAAUAAAUUUACUUUGACUUUGAAUUAUUUAAGUAAUGACACAAUUAUCUUUUCUUUUCUGACCACAUCAGUGACAUCAAAACUUAUUGGGUCAACAUGCAAGUUCAUUUUGUAUAUUUUCUGAAUGCUAGCUUUACAGUUUCCUUGACUUAUAAUCAAUCCUCAUGAUCUCCCCAGGAAUGGGAAUCCUGAGUAAUUAUUGAAGAAGCUUUGCCAAUGGAUAUCGAUGUUAAACUUCACCAAGGAUUAGCAGAAACAUAUUUCUUAUUGUCUUCUUCCGGCAUUUGUUCAUUGGAUAAGUUUGCUGCAUCAAAGACCUAAAUAUAUUAUUAGAAAAGUAAAUAAGUGAGUUUGAUGAUGCUCCUGAUUUGGGACAGGAAAUUUAGAGUAAUCUGCCACUUCUACUUUCUUUCUUCACCAAUAGCAAUAGGUGAAGGUAGCCCCAGAACUCCGUGCAAUUAAACUCUGUAUGCUGAAACAACCCAGUCUAUUAAACACUAUUAGCUUUGCACUAGGACAACAUAUGACACAUUAUGAAGGCAGACGAUGGGAGCAAGUUUCUAAAUUGACAACUUUGACAGGACGGUGAAUGAGGGGAUGGCUGGCAAGCGAAAUUUAGUACUUAACAAUGCAAGAUGCUGCAGUUUGGUUUGUACAAGGAGAGGAAGGCAAAUCAACUAGGGAAGAACAAAAACAGAGCUGUAAGCAUAAGAGAUUCUGCAGAUGCUGGAAAUCCAGAGCAAGACAGAAAAUGUGAGACAAACUCAGCAGGUCAGGCAGCAUCUAUGCAGGGGAAGACCCUUCUCAGGCCAAGAUCCUUCAUCAGGACUGACCCAAAACAUCAACUGUUUAUUCCCCUCUAUGCUGCCUGACCUGCUAAGUUCCUGAAGCAUUUUGUGUGGUGUCAUAUGUGUUCUGUUUGUUUAAUGUAGCAGGCUGGGAAAGUGUUUGAGAUUUUUAUAAUACUGGGAUUUCAUGAAUAUAGGAGCAAAGACCUUUAUAAGACAUUACAAUCCAGUAUCCAGUUCUGGUGUUCCAACAAAGGGAAGAUAUAAAAUCUUCAGAGAGGGUGCAGAGGGGAUUCACUAAAAUGAAUCCAGGGUUGAGAGACGAGCGGUGGGGGAUGAGUUAGAAAAGUUGGAGUUUUCUCCUUGAGACAGUUAAAGCUGCAAACAAUCUGAUAGAGCGAGAGAUGUCUAAAAUGAAAAAGACAGAGAGAAGAACUGUUUUCCUUGUGGAAGGGACACAAGCCAGGUGAAAGAAAAUAAUGCAGAUUGGCAAAAUAAUCAAGGGGGACAUGAAGGUUCAGGGGUGCUUUUUGAUAUUUGGAAAUGCUGAGGUAGUAGGGGAGAAAGGGUCAGUUGUUUUCAGAAAGGAACUACAUAAUAGUCUAGACCAAUUGGAUGAGAACGAUGUAAUAAAAGAAACUAAAAUAUGCUGAGCCAAUAAAUAUUGCUAUCAUUGAUGUGGUUAGAAAGGAACAGACCGAUUUUUCCUUUAGAUAAUAUUCAAUAGAAGAAUAAAAUAAAAUGCAGUUUUUUUCUUU